AUGAAUUUGAAAUUUAAAUGGCUCUUCCUUGGAAUACUAGUUAUCACCCUCCUUGAAUUUGAUAUCACUGGAUCAAUGAUGGAAGAUGCGGAAGAAUUUUUUGCGUUGAAAAUUAAUUCUCCUUCUUCUCAUGUUGCCCUUUCGGGAGACCUGACUAUAUCUGUUGAAAAAUCAAAUGAAACAUUAGAAAAAGCAAAGUACAAAUAUGAGUUCAAAGAAGAAAAUGGAGAUUUAAAAUUUUUUAAAAAUAUUUCUAAUCAAAUUUUUCUAUUGAGAGUACUGUACCUUCGUGAAGACAUAUCAGAAUUAAUCGGUGAAAUUCAACUAGAACAGUUACCUUCGGGAAACGAAACAAUUUCAAUUAUCAUUCCCUGCGGAUAUUUUACUCGUGGCGGUAUUUACGCUUUACGUGUAGAAUAUAAGUAUGAAAAUUUAACAGUUCCUGCUACCACUCUUUAUCAGACAAGUAAAAUAUUAGAUGUAAAGUGGCCAUUACCAGCAAUCUACUUGGAAUCUCAACAAAUUGCUACUUAUCCAAAUGAACCUGUUAAGGCCACAGUAAAAUACAAUGAAAUAAAUUGCAGUCCAUUUGAGCAUGUUCCUGUAGCUUUUUACAUAUUACAAUUAAUAUAUUGCGGAUCUAGUGUAACUGCUUGUUAUUUGCAAAAUAAUACUUAUAUCCAAAUAUUAUAUUAUGAAGAAAUAAGAGAUUUUCUACCAACAAAGACUAUCUUUUUUCGAUGUGAAUUUUUUGGAUUACCUGGGAAUUAUGCUAUAAGAUUAAGAGCAUCGAAUAAUAAUCCAACAGCACCUAAUACCAGUGUAUAUUUCAAAGUGAGCUGGUCAAAGGAAUUUAAACUUACGGUUCACGCAAGAUCGAUAUAUCCAUGUGAAGGGUCAGGAGGAGUUGCCGUUCUUUUCGAAUAUCCUUCAUGUCGACUAGAAGGUGAUCGUAUUCGUGUUUAUGGUCGCUUAAAGGCUGACGUUACUUCCGUUGCUUCACCUUCCAGUCUUCAUUAUAUCACAGAAUUGAGAUCAAUACCUGGCAAACAUUCUUUGGCUUUCGAUUGUGAUCUUUUUACAGAAAAAUUUGUCGAAUAUUGUUUCGUCUAUGUUAGUCAAGCAAUUACAGGUGCUAUGGGAGAUGUUAAAAUAUCUUGCGUACCUACAUUUCCUUUCCAAGAAGGUGAUGCUGCGGGAUGGGGACCUUGGAGUCCAUGGAGCCCUUGCAGCAGCUCGUGUUUCAGUGGAAUUCGGAAUCGAUAUCGCUUUUGUGAUACUCCACCCCCAAAAUAUGGAGCAAAAUUUUGCCCGGGAAAUGCAAUAGAAACUGAACUCUGUGGUAAAAUUUUUUGGGAAGAAACUACUCAAAAUGAAUGGCAUAAUCGAAUUGAAAAUUCUGAAUGUCACGAUGCCGUUUUAGCUGCAACAAAACCAGAAGUUGUAGCUGAAAUUGGAAUACAAUGUCGAUGUGGAUGUCGUAUUACAUUAAAACAACAACCUUUUAGAAAAAUGCUUGGAGCUAAUACUCAAGCUUGUCCCGGUCGAUCUUUUUGGCUUUUACAGGCGCAGACAAAUUUUGUAAUUGGAUUACAUUUAGAUCAAUUACAAUUUCCGUGUCCAGGACAAUAUUUUCGUGUCCGGGAUGGUAAUUCUUUAAAUGCAAACCUUUUAAUCGAUAUUGCAUCUGAUAAAAUGAAAUUUUCUACAAGAACACUUAUUAGCUCUGGACAAAAUUUAUUACUAGAAUUUUUUACGGAUGAACUUACUGCAUCGGGUGAUGCUUGUAUUGGCGGCUUCCUUGCUCAUGCAGCUGUAAUAGAAAAAAAAUAUCUAAAAAAAAAUGGAACAGCAACCAUCGUGCCUUUUGAAACAAAUUCAACAAAUGUUGAAGAAGAAUGGAUCUUUUGGAAACCAGCACACUUAGCAACUGCCUUGCUUUUGAUACUUAUAUUUAUAGUUUCUAUUUUUCUGACAUUACAAUUUAUCAUAAAAUAUAGAAAGUAUCGUAUUGCUGAGGAUUUGGACAGUUUUAGCGAUGUUUCUGAGUUAAUGCCCGGACGAUCAAAAUUUUUGUCUACAAGUACAAUUAUUUCUGAAGUUGUCUCAAUGAUAGAAGCAACCACAAAAACUUCUCCAAAAAAAACUGUAACUAAUACAGAGGAACAUUAUCAUAGUAUUGAAACCUUAACAGGGUGUAAAGAUGAAUCUACAUUGAGUUCUAGUACAUUGAAAUUAAAUAAUACAAUAGAUACUUCUUCUGAAAAAACAAUCACAUCAAUGAAAUCAAACUGUGAUAAAUUAUUAUCAGCAUCCAGCAUUCUUGUUUACAAUAAACCAGAAGUUAAAUAUGCUUAUCCUGUAAAGUUACAAACAAUAGAUUAUGAUACUUCAGAACAGAAAGCAUCAAAAAUGGAAAAUGAAAAUUUGAAAGAUAACAGAAGUUAUAGCAUUUCAAAAAUUUAUCAAAAUAAUGAAAUUAAUUAUCCGGAAGAAAAAGAAUCAUCACCCGAAAGCGUUCUUUCAAGUUCAUCUACAUUAGUAAGUGGGAAGGAAACAAAAGAGAGAAGAAAUCGUGAAAAGCUUCUACAAGGUCCAGGUUCAGAAUUUAGUUUAACAAAUCCUGAUUCAGAAUUGGAAUUGGAUUACUAUGAUUAUAAUGUAGCAAAUGCUAGCGCUGUUCCAGGAUCUUAUUUAGGAAUGGAUCCUGCUUUUUUAGUUUGGAUUCCACCAAUUGAGGACUUAGAUAUUUAUACAGAAGACCUUCUCUUAAGCAAUAAAAGAAACUCUAUUUUGGCUCUUGAAACUGAAGGUGCUGCAUUAACACCUUCUGAAUACAGAAGAAUGAAACUAUCUAACUUUGACGAAUUUGGAUUCGAAUUGGAACAAGGAACAAGAACAUUUGAAAAAUUACUUCCUGUCCAAAAACUUCUAGAAGAUUCUAGUAUCAAAGUAAGCAUGGAAUCUGUAUCUGGUAUCCUCGAGCAUAAACAAUAUUGUGUUAUUUCAAAUAGAAGGGUUUGUAUUGAUAAAGAUGAAGAAUCAAGCGAAGAAUCUAAUUCUUCUAAAAGCCUUCUUGCAAGUCCUUUAAAUAUAUUGGAUAAUAAUGAUAAUAAUAAGGAAAAACUAAGUUCUAGUGGAAAUAAAAUUUUACAAAAAGAUUUUUCAAAAAUAAAACAAAAUUCUAACCAAAAAAAUAUUUCUAAAAAUCCAGAUGAAGAAAUAACAAGUAUGUCUUGCAAGUACAAGGAGUUAAUGCAAUGCACUCAAUCAUUUACAACUAUAAAAGAUGUAGUAAAUAUUCCUAUGACAGAAUUAUCAGGAAGUCCGUUAAAAAGUUUCUCUCAAGUUCGAAAAUUGAGCAGUAAAGAUAUUGAUGCUUCUUUAAAUAUUCAGAAUCCAGAUUAUGGUAUAGAAACAUUUUGUAUAAAGCAAGGGUCUUUUUACGAUCAAAAUAUUAAAUUUGUAGAUGACGAUGACGAUGAAUAUAUCGAUUAG